AUGGACCCAGAUGCGAAAGAGUUGAAACCUACCAUCCAACUCAUUCAACCCUUCUUGCCCACCCAAGUUUCUCCAGAGUCUACCAGUCCUCCUGACAUAGAACACCACGGAUCAAUCGUUCGCCCAACACUCGACAUCCCUCUUCUUAAAAAAUGGCUCGAAGUCUGCUCCAAACACGGCCAUAUCACCCCCAAGUGGAGUGAACCUGAUACUCCCUUCCAGAUCCUCCUCAUCGACGUCCUCCAGCGGUGUCUCGUCCGUGCUGGAGCAGAGAAAAACUAUGUCGCCUUGAGUUAUACCUGGGGUGGCGACCAGAAGAUCAAGCUCCUCCGUGCCAAUCUAGAGCAAUGGAAGAAACCAGGAGGCAUGCUAGAGUAUUCUGAGUUCCCGAAAACACUUGGAGAUGCGAUUGCGCUCGUCCGGGCGAUGGGCGAGUCGUAUCUAUGGAUAGAUGCAUUGUGCAUCGUACAGGACGACGAGGGACCCGAUCGAGACACCCAGCUGAAGCAGAUGAAUAAGGUUUACGAGUUCGCCAGGUUCACGCUCAUCGCCGCUGCAGGGUCGAAUGCAGAUGCUGGACUCCCAGGGCACAGCCUAACGGUCCCACUUCCACCGCUCCUUGACGCGAUCGCCAUCACUCAAUGGCGCACGCGCGGGUGGACGUACCAGGAACAGCUUCUCUCCCCCCGCAGUCUAAUAUUUACACCCUAUCAGGUCUACUACCAGUGUGACGGGCAGGUCUUUCAAGAAGACUUUCGUUCACCCUCUGAAGUCGAUGGUCGUGCGCGGCGCAACUCCUGGUACUCCAACGAGCGCCUCUCUACGCCAAUGGAACGUAUCUUGUGCACCGAUCCACGCACGCUCGAACUUUCUACCCAAGAAGGCUCACCCGCUGGUCUCUUUGACCGUUACAGGAGUGUUAUCGGUGUAUAUACACGAAGGGACCUUGGGAGAAAAAGCGACGUUAUUGCCGCGUUUUCUGGUAUAUCAGCCGCACUCCAGUGCUUCCCUGCUAGCAUGGGGUAUGUUGCCGGUCUCUCGGUUGGGGGGCUCACAAAUGCUCUCCUGUGGACCCCCAAACAACCUUUGACGAGGCGCCGUGACAAGAUUGGUGGAAAGGAGGUGAACGUGUUCCCGACAUGGUCAUGGGCUGGAUGGGUGGGCCCAGUAAGCAUCGAGAAUGUAUCUGACCUCAACGCACCCCAAGUAUCGGAAUGGUGGAUUAUAUACGGCCCAAAGGAGAAAGAGGAAAAAGUUAAGCUACCCAUCGUCGACUUGAAGACAGAAAAUUAUUACCAGCGUCAGAAGGAAGGGCCUUUCUCGCAGCGAAGGAACGGGGCCUGGGAGGUAUCCCAAGCACAUACUUUAGAGUUCAGAACCAUGGUGGCCACUUUUCACGUUUCUGUCAACGAGGGACAGAACACCAGCGGUUUCUUUCCCAUAUACGACGCCAAAGACCAAUGGGUGGGCGCACUGAGUGUUACUAGUGUGGACGCGCAAAAUGCUUUACAGUCCGACGAGGCAGUGCUUGAAACCAAAGCUCUUCGCCUUUUCUUGCUAGUAUCCAACAGAUCUUCUUCUGCCGCCAUAUUUUCGGAUCCUGCAGUUUUCCCAUCGGGGAAGGAGUUCGCACUCAAUGUAAUGAUGGUUGACAGGUUGGCUAGUGGCGAGAUGGAACGUUUGGGCCACGGUGUUAUACAUAUUACGGCUCGGAAGGAGGCAUGCCCUGUUAAAGAGGAAGUGAGGAUGAUAUAG